AUGGAGGAUUUAUUGGCUGACGUGGAGAGGCUAACUCGUGCCGACUCGGUUGUUAAAAAGCGAGUCAGGCACGAGUUGGACCUCGACUCGCCGGACGUGAAGCGGCUGAGAGACGAUUUGUUCGACGACUCGGGUCAUGAAUCGACGAUUCAAGAUCUUGACACGGUUAUAAAGAGCUUCGAGGAAGAGCUGUCGACGACGACGACGGUGCAAGGCUGUGGUGAGACUCAGCCGGAUCUCGGAUACCUUUUCGAAGCCUCCGACGAUGAGCUGGGUUUGCCUCCGCCACCGCCACUGCCGCAGUCGACGUUUCCUCAUCCGUCGUCUGAGGAAACGGAUGAGACGGUGACGGAAUUGGUACGAGGGUCGUCGGAUACAUCAGAGGUCCGCGAGUUAUGUGGAUUUGAUGAUCAUGUUACGGGUUUCAGAUCUUUCGAACUGGAUGAUGGACUUUUCGAAUAUUCCGAUGUUUGUUUAGAUUCCGGCGAUUUGUUUUCAUGGCGGCCGGAGUAUUUACCGGCGGAGUAA